AUGGAGUCAUCAUCGCCUCCAAACGAAGUUGUUAAUAGUUCAAAACAAGCUUGCUUGGAAAUCAACUUGGAAGAUCUCCCUCUUGAUCCUGGACUACGCACUCGAAUUUGGGAUUACCAUCCUAAUGUUCGAGAUCAAGUUCGAAGGGCUUAUCUACAAAAAGGUCCUUUUCAGCCCCGAAACCAUUCCUUCCCCCAGAGGAAUCUUAGUGGAGGGCCAAGAAGGUUCAUUCCUGCUUGGUUUGAUGAAUUUCCUACUUGGUUGGAAUAUAGUGUAGCAAAAGAUGCUGCUUAUUGUUUCUGUUGCUAUCUUUUUAAACCAAAUACUGGAGAACAAGCAGGCAGUGACUCUUUUGUUGGCAAAGGGUUUUCAAAUUGGAAGAAGAAGAGUGAAAGGUUACAAGGUCAUGUUGGAGGACCGAUGAGUGCCCACAACCAAGCUUGGAGCAACUGUAAAGCUUUUUCAAAGCAAAUUGAAGCUCAAACUGAAUAUAAAACUCUUUUGGGUGCAUCAGUUAGUUGCAUGAGAUUUCUUUUGCGACAAGGGCUUCUGUUCUAUGGAGAUGAUGAAUAUGAAGAUUCAAACAACCAAGGAAUGUUUGCUGACCUUUUGAGAUUACGAUGUAAUUAUGAUGAGGAUAUAAAAGCUGUCACAUUGAACAAUGCUCCCUUAACCCUGAAGUUGACAUCAUCUGAUACUCAGAAGGACAUUGAAAUUGCUAUUUCGACGGAAAUCAUCAAUGCAAUCGUUAGAUAUAUUGGUGAUUCAUUAUUUUCCAUUCUUAUUGAUGAGUUUCAUGACAUGUCUUCACAGGAUCAGAUGGCUAUUGUAUUACGUUUUGUAGAUAAAGGUCAUGUAAUUGAGUGUUAUUUAGGUAUUGUGCAAGCUACCGAUGACACCGCUGUCUCGCUUAAGGGGGCCAUUGAUGAUUUCUUUUCUACUCAUGGAUUAAGCAUGGCUAAGUUACGGGGGCAAGGUUAUGGUGGGACAAGUAAUAUGCAAGGUGAGUUGAAUAAUCUUAAGACGCUUAUAGUGAAGGCGAAUGAGUGUGCAUUUUACGUCCAUUGCUUUGCUCAUGAUCUUCAUUCAACUCUUAUAGCCAUGUCAAAGAAUCAUUUAGAAAUUGUGGAUCUUUUUACUUGGGUUGCUAAGGUGGUGAAUGUUGUUGGAGAAUUUGUUGAAUGUCGUGACACUCUUCGGGAGAAACAUGAUGUUUUAGUUUUUGAAGCACUCAAUACCAGCAAGCUUUUAAGUGAACAAGGUCUAAAUGAGGGCAGCUCCAAAUUUAAGACUUUGAUAAGCUUGUUUACUAUGUUCUCAUCUGUGAUAGAUGUACUUGAGGUCAUAGCAGAGUUUGGAUUAGAUUCUGAACAGAAAUCUAAAGCACGGGUUCUAUUGGGUCCCCUCCAGUCAUUUGGUUUUAUUUUUAGUCUACAUAUGAUGAUAAACAUUUUGCGAAUCACAGAUGGUUUGUCACAAGCAUUACAAAAAAAUGAUCAGGAUAUCGUGAAUGCCAUGAACCUAGUGAGAGUAUGUAAAGAACAAUUGCAAGUGAUGAAGGAGAGUGGUUGGGAUUCAUUACUCAAUGAGGUUUCUUCAUUUUGUCAAAAGCAUGAAAUUGAAGUGCAUAACAUGGAUGACAGGUUUCUAACUCGAGGGAAAAAAAGAGAUCAGGUGAUCACAAACAUGCAUUAUUAUUGUGUUGAGUUGUUUUGUACUGUUAUAGAUAUGCAAAUUCAAGAGCUAAAUGUUCGUUUCACUGAAAUGAAUACAGGGUUGCUUCUUUGUGUGGCAUGUUUGAAUCCGAGUGAUUCAUUUUCUGCUUUUGACAAACAAAAGUUGAUUUGUCUUGCUCAGUAUUAUCCAAAUGACUUUUCUACACUUGACUUAAUGAUACUUGAAGAUCAGCUUGAGAAGUACAUUAUGGACAUGCGUUCUAGCAUUGAGUUUUCAGGAUUGAACGGGAUCGCUGAUCUUGCACAAAAAAUGGCUGAGACCAAAAAAGACUCUGUUUUCCCAUUAGUUUACUUGCUGUUGACAUUGGCACUUAUCUUACCAGUUGCAACUCCCAGGGUAGAUAGGGUGUUUUCCGCUUUGAAUAUUGUGAAGAAUCGAUUACGCAACCGAAUGGAAGAUGAAAGGAUGAAGGAUAGAUUGAUUCCAUAUAUUGAGACAGACAUUCUUGAUAGUAUCGACGAUGAGGUUAUUAUGCAACGAUUUCAAAAUAUGAAAAAUCGUCCAUGUCAGUUAUAA